CGAACGUCUGUAGCAAGCGCGAACAUGCACGCAUCGUGAGUUCGGAGCUAUCAGAUUUGCCCCUGAUUGGUUGGUAGUGUGAGAUCGCAUCAGGCCCGCGUAUACAUGUUUGUGGACGAGACAACCUUCGGCUAACCAGCUAGUCCUUCCACGGCUGUCAAUGUUCCCGAACGAGGAGAAUCAUGCGCGGUGUUGGAAAUGGUGGAAGCUUGCGGCAUUCCAUGACAUCUCCAUGCAAUGGAGUAAAUCCCAGGCAUGGGAGAGGGGCAGCUACUUCAACAUGUUAUGAACGCGGCCAUGUUGAGCGCACGCUCUUCCAGACUCCUCCCCACUUUCCAAGACCAAUACAUACCGCCGUUCAACCGGCUUGGUACUAGAGACGCUAGUGCCACAUUAAGAGUACUGGCUUCAACGCGAGUCCUUGAGAACAUAUUCCUUGUACAUAGGGGCUGUGUCUGCGACUCUGAAAAUCUGAGUGGCCUCAGUGUAUUCGAUCAUCUUCACGUUCAAUAUAUAAUGAUUAUUCAUCAUCAUCGAGUUAAUGCGGUCGCUCCGUCGCCACCGCUCGCGUCCAUUGGGUCCUCAAGCGAUGGCGAACCCGGUCCCUUCCUUCCAGCUUCAAGCGUACUGCACCAUACACCACCAACGCUCCCGUACUCUAUCGCUGACUCGCAUCUCUAUCGUUCUGCACGUUUAGCGUGGAAUUCCCGCAGGCCGAUAAACUGUAUACCCAUCGAGCUGCUGAUACAUACAUUCGCCCAUCACAGGGACACUGUUGGUCCUUUGUCGUGGGUAUUGGUGUCUCACGUCUGCCACCAUUGGCGAGAGGUGGCCAUAUCCACACCCCUUCUCUGGACUUCCGUGCCUGUGGACAAGGGGCCGCGCGUCUCCGAUAUCUGGUUGCAGCGUUCCCAUGACUCUCCGAUGGAUAUCGUCUAUCGAGGCAGAAUCAAGAAUGUGCAGAUUUUUGCCGACACUAUCCGUCCCCAUAUACAUCGACUUCGUACCUUGCAUCUCGGAACCUUAUCGCAACCAUUUGCGCAUGCAAUGAUGUCGAUGUUGCCGGAAUCUACUUCUGUACUCGAGCAUCUGCGCUUGCAUGUGCUGCCGUACGUUACCACAGCAGGGUCUACUCUGGAUUUCAGCAUUGAUCAGUUUCCCGGAUUGCGCACCCUCUCACUCAGAGAGGUAUCCUUGCGUAGCAGCCUCCAGAUGGUGUACGGAUUGACCGAGGUGGAUUUGUCCGAAACUCUUGCUGGUCGUCCGGACUCGAUGGAAGCCCUCCUCGACAUCUUGCGUCGAUGCUCUCACCUUGUUUCUCUUACGAUCAGUGAACGUCGUAGUAUCACUGGGAAGACCACGGAUGCCAGACUGGGACCGGGCACCAUAGUCCUACCAAAGCUGCAACGUCUCACGUUGCUCGCACAUUCGUUCCUCAUUCGUACGCUGUUGGGAUCCAUUACCGCACCAGCCGGUUCCAGCUUGAAUAUCAAAUGCAUUGCGGGCAAUGUCUCGAGUCCACCCAUUUCCUCCAUCGUUCCAAAUGACAGCGCUCGCUUACCGAUGUUGGACAACGUUCGUACUCUGUUCCUAUUCAUCGACUCGAAUAUCUUCAAAAUGCAGGCAUGGAAUGCCGCGAUGCCCUCAUCUAACAUACAACUUUCGAUGGAGAUCGAGUGCGAUCCUCCGGUCGAUAUGUCGUACCUAUUUCCUGCCGCGCUCUGCGACCUCACGCAAAUGUUCGCGUCGUCCCCCGUGACGGGGAUGCAUAUUUACGGAGACAGGCGCUUCAUGUCGGAACGGUCAUGGCGGGAAUCUCUCCUGUCGCUACCCUCAUUGGAGAGUCUCGAGGUGGGGUCACGCGGCGAGGUUGCAUCACUCUUCGAAGCUCUGCGAAACUUUAACCCGCAAACAACAAAGAGCAUCUCCCCGAAGUUGAGAAAGCUUUCGAUAACUGGCGUCGAUUUGGACGAAGGAACCAUAGCUUCCAUCAUUGCUACUCUUGAAGACCGUGAAUCGAAGAGAAGGCUGGAUAUAUUGGCUCUCAGAGGUCGCAAUGGGAGUAGACAGUUGGACAGCUACACUGCGCAUCUACUCUCCACAAAAGUAAGGAAGUUCUUGUACCGAUGAGGCUCGCGUCGCCUAGGCGCAUUCGACGAGGCCGGGGAUGCGCUACAGUUAUAGAGAUUCUGUCCGAUACACUGUCCGAUCGGUAUCUGCUUUAUAUCCCAAAAUGUUCAAGUCGUCCAUGACUUGUUUAGUCCUCGAAAGCCCUGGCUAAUGCUGCUUGGUUGCUUGCUGGAAUUC